UUGCGCAAACAUUUCAGCGUAAAUUUUGUCAGUGUUUCCCCGAUUUCUGCCUGCAGGUCUUGUUUUCUCCCUUCCCUGCAGUUUGCAGAAUACACUUUACCUUUCCUUUAUUUUUUUAAAAGAAGCGGGAAAAUCUCCUCUAUCUGGAGCACUGUCUGUUGGAGUGUGAUCUUCAAGCGCUGAUUGUGAAUCAGCGCAGUUACAAGACUGUGUGUCGUUUGAUUUGAGUGGACGCAGUUUCGUUGAGGAUGAGUUUCGGGGAGUUGGUGGGGAAGCAGCUGGGCGCCGUGGUGGAGAACCUGGGCAAGGCGUUCCGCGACGCCUUCGCGCAGACGGAAGGCCUGGACCUGAAGGUGAACGGGACGAACGUCUCGGCGCUGGACGGUCUGGGGGGGAACGGGACGAACGGGACGGACGCGGCGCUGUCCGGGAAGAAGAUCCCCGCCACCCUCCAGGGCCUCUUGACGGCCUACACGGGCCUGGUCAUCAUGGCGCUGCUGCCCAUCUACCUGGGCUCCUUCAAGUCCGUCAAGUUCCAGAAGCACAGCAAGACGCUGCCGAAGGACAAGCAGCCGGAGAAGAUGUCGGCCAAGGACGCCAUGAUGUUCCCCGUCAUCGCCAGCUGUGCGCUCUUCGGCCUCUACCUGCUUUUCCACUUUUUCGGGAAGGAGUACGUGAACUACCUGCUGACAUCCUACUUCUUCGUCCUGGGCAUCCUCUCCCUCACCAACUUCCUGGCGCCGUUGACGGAGCGGCUGCCGUUGAUCCCGCGGGAGCCUCGCUUCCGGCUGUCCUUCACCGCCAAGACCGGCGACACCGUCGUGCCGCACGUGGAGCUGGAGUUUGGCUACGCCAACGUGCUGGCCUUCCUCCUCAGCGUUGGCUGUGGUGUCUGGUACAUGCUGCAGAAGCACUGGAUCGCCAACAACCUGUUCGGGCUGGCCUUCUCGCUGAACGCCAUCGAGCUGCUGACGCUGAACACGGUGAUGACGGGCGUGAUCCUGCUGGGCGGCCUGUUCUUCUACGACAUCUUCUGGGUCUUCGGCUCCAACGUCAUGGUCUUCGUCGCCAAGUCCUUCGAGGCGCCCAUCAAGCUCAUCUUCCCGCAGGAUUUGUGGGAGCACGGCUUCUUCGCCAAGAACUUCGCCAUGCUCGGCCUCGGCGACAUCGUCAUCCCCGGCAUCUUCAUCGCCCUCAUGCUCCGCUUCGACCACCACAUGCAGGAGAAGAGCGGCCGGCGUUUCCACUGGUACUUCCGGGCCACCUUCCUGGCCUACUUCCUCGGCCUCCUCGCCACCAUCGUCGUCAUGCACGUCUUCAAACACGCCCAGCCGGCGCUGUUGUACCUCGUGCCGGCGUGUCUGGGCGUGCCGCUGCUGUUGGCGCUGGUGAAGGGCGACCUGCGCGAGAUGUUCAAGUACGAAGACCACCCCGCGACGCCGGCCGACGCGGACGCCGACAAGAAGACCGACUGAGGCGGAUCAUACACUCCCCUUCCUGUUUCCACGAUUCUGCUUCGUUGUCAUUCAGAACAGAGUUUUUAACACAUUAUUUAUUUCUAAUCAAUUAUUAUUUUGACGGACAGCCUACUUAAUGUAAUCUCCAUCAUGUAUUGACGCUGCGUGACAUGAACCUUUUCUGCUUUUUUUUAUCAACAGAACGGACAAUUUCCCAUUUAAAUUGCAUGUAUUUUUUUUUCUACAUAGAAUUCUGGCUUAUUUUCGGUUUUUUUAGUCACAAUAUUUUUUGCGAAAUUCCUGGCAAAUUUACAACGUAAAGCGAGGGAAACUGUG